AUGGACUUCAAUUAUGAGAUGAAAAUAAAAAAGCUCUCAAAGCUCCUAGCCCUACCUGAAAAAGUAUUACUUGCAAAUAAAAGUGCUAAUGAUUCUAAAGAAAGAAAAGGACUUGAAAAUUAUGUGGAAGCUAUCGAGAAAUGCAAUGAAAUUGAAAAGAGAAAUAAAAAAUUGACUGAAAAGUUAGAAAAAAUUGAAAAGGAGAUUAAGGCUUUGGAGAUGAGAAAAGCAGAAAAUGAGGAGAAAUAUAAGGAAAGGAUUCAGAAUUUGAGCAGGAAUAUGAAGAGUAUGGAAAGCGGAUUUAACGACUCGAAUUUAUUAGAAACUGAAAGGCUUGUGUCUGAUAAAUUAAAAGAAGCUGAAUGCAUUCAAGAGAUGCUAUAUGUGUGUAUGAAGAAAAGCCCACUAAGAAGCAAUUUUUGGUUGGCAAAUAUAAUGGCUUGCUAAAUUGGCAAGUCAGAUAACGUUUGGCUAUCAAAAAAAUGUUUUUUAGUUGCUAUUUAUUGUAAACUAGAAUAGUAAAAUCACAUAAUGAUGUAAUCGGUAGAGCAAGGGACAUUUUCAACUUAAAAACUACUAUGCAAAAUCAAUCCAGUGAUAUAUAUUAUUUAUUAGAGACAAAAAGAGAUGCUAAGUCUGAAGUUUAUUCAGAAUUCAACACAAGGUUUUUAGAAAUUGAAAAUAUUCAGAAUUAGAGAUACAAUACCAAAUUAAAUUUUUAUAUAAAAAUUAAAAAAAAUAUUUAAAAUAGGUAUAAUAACAGAUUUUUCUUACUCCUAGUGAAAAAAUAGAAAAUUAACCUCUCUCCGCUAGCUAGCAAAAAUUUUUUCCAUAAAAAAAUAUAUUUUAAAUAAAUAUAUGUGGCUAUAAUGAAAUCUCAAAUAAAAUAUAUUAAAUUUUAAGCAGGCACAUCUAAUACAGAAAUUUUAUAUUUUCCAUUUCAAAGUUUUUUUCUGAAAUAUUUUGUAAUUAGUUUUUAUAAAUAAUUACUUUGGCGAUCAAAAGAGCCAAGAGGAAAUUAGAAAAUGUUAAAUGUGAGUAUGAAGAAAAAAUUGAAUUAUUAUCAAAAGACAUUAAUGAUUUUAUUAUUGAGUCUAAAAGAUAUUUCAGGUCAAAAGAGUAAAAUAUAAUCAGUGAACUUAUCAAAAAAAUGGAAAAAGAAAGCACUGAGCUGUUUCUUAAUUUUCAAAACCAAGAUAAGCUCAUCAGAGAUGUUGAAAAUGGAAAUUUUAAUGGAGGAAUUAAGCCAAUUUUUUUGUUAGAAAAUGAAAUACCAAAAUACCCACAAAGGGAAAAAUUUCCACUGUAUGCCUUAUAUAGAUUGUUCAAAGCUCUGGCAAGCAAUAAACUUUUGACUGCGAAGAGGGAUAAUAAUUAUAUACAGUUAACAAAUAAUUUGUUUACAAAAAAGUAUAUAGAAAAUACCUUACCCAUAUAAGAGAAGCUUAAUUACGUUAGGUCAUUAUUUCAGGCCAUCUCUGCCAAAUUAAAAAUUUUUACCCAUAUUAAAAUAUAUAUUUUCAAUAAAGAUUUAGCAAAAAAGAGAAGCACAACAGCUGAUAGACUUAAUAGGACUGCCCCAAUCAGAAGCUCAUCAGUUGCCAAAUGUAAAAAUGAUAGCAUGAACAAUGCCGCUUCUCCUGUAAAUAAAAGCUGUAUAAAAGAAAAUGCCUUAUUAUCUCCAAUUGCAGGUAUAGGAAAAAGCUUACAAGAGGCGAUAAUAAAAAAGCAAAAAGAAAUCAAAAAGAUUUAUUCAAAUCAGGAGCAGGACCUUAAAACAUUAGAAAAGCUUGGAGAAGUAUUAAACCAAGUAAUAAAAGAAAGAGAUAGCAAUCGGGAACUCUAUAAAAAAGAAAUUAAACACAAAAAUGAUAUAGUUUGCUCCCUGCUAUAGCUCUGCAUAAGAAGUAGCAACAAAGAGAGUACUUCUCAGCCUGAGUUCAGGAAUCAAAUUCUGGAUUGCUUUGUCACUCUGUCUCUAUACAGAGCCAUAGAAGGGAGCAAGCUAUACUAAAAUUGUAAUAGAUUCUCAAAAAAGGCUCCUUGAAAACUACUUCUUUUUGACCGAGCAAGGUGGACAGCAAGCACCUUCACCAAAAGUUAGAUCUAGGGCAUCUUCUAACUCUUUCGCUUUAAUAAAUCUAGAAAAAAAGCUUUUAAAUUUUUUUUUUAAUAAUAUUUUAAUUCUAAUUGAUGAAAAAUUAAAAUUAAAUCUUUGGAUAAUUAUCAUAAUGAAUUUUUUAAUUAAAAUUUUUCGAAUAAAACAUUUGUAGAUACUUAAAUGGAUUUAAUAUUUUUAAAAAAACUAAUUAAUUCCAUUAAAAGGAGCAAAAAGCUUGCUGAUAAGGAGGGGAUUAAGCAAAAUAAAACCAUGAUAGUUGACUCUAAAGAUCUUUCUUUUGACAAAAACCCAUCGUUUGUACUUCAAGCAGAGGUUCCAUCAAAUAAUAAAAAAUAUUAA